AUCGAUUAUUUCUCCUCGCUCAGGGAGAGGAAGGAGAGGGCUUGGGGAAAGACUCGGGCAGGAUUGUGUGGAAGGAACAGAAACAGAUUGUGAACAUCACCCGUCAGGAUCCAGACGUCCAGCAGAUUAACUACCAGCACCUCCUCAACUAUCACCACCACUCCACCGCGUCCCUCCUCUCCGCUACACCGGCACCUCGCAGCCAGAGAGUCCAAGAGAAGCGUUCUCGCCGCCUCCUGCGCAGACACUGUCCGACCAGAGAGAGAGAGAGAGUGAGAGAGAGAGCGAGCGAGCGAGAGAGAGAGAGAGAGAGAGAGAGAGAGAGAGAGAGAGAGAGAGAGAGAGUAGUUGCUCUGACAUUAUAGAGUCUCCUACCACGUACUGUAGGUUACUUUUUUUCCUCCCGGCGACGUCCUCUGCUAAGUUGCGCUCUUGGAUUUUAAGCGCGUCUUGGCGAAGUCCGUCCCCACCAAGCAGCGGCUUCAACCCUCCUGUCACCCGGCCGGACCAAAGCACCGGCGGACCGCUUGUUGUAGCCUUUUACUUACUUCACCCGGACCAGAUUUCGUGCGCAAUAAAGUACGGAUGCUGGAAUCUUUGAGUUGAUUGGAACAAAUAGAAAGCAGAAAAGCGACAGAUAAAGAAAGAGCAGAAGAGUGACGAGAAAGAAGAAGAAGAAAGGGGAGAGUGAAGAAAGCAUAGAGUUCUUUAGAAAGAGGAGAGAAAGAAAAAAGACGGGGACGAUGGGGAGAAAAAAGAUUCAGAUCACGCGGAUUAUGGAUGAACGCAACAGACAGGUGACAUUUACAAAGCGAAAGUUUGGCCUGAUGAAGAAGGCGUAUGAGCUGAGUGUGCUGUGUGACUGUGAGAUUGCCCUGAUCAUCUUCAACAGCACCAACAAGCUGUUCCAGUAUGCCAGCACAGACAUGGACAAGGUCCUGCUUAAAUACACCGAAUACAACGAGCCCCACGAGAGCAGGACCAACUCUGAUAUUGUGGAGACGUUGAGAAAGAAGGGCCUAAACGGCUGUGACAGCCCAGACCCCGACGCAGAUGACUCGGUAGGCCACAGCCCCGAGUCCGAGGACAAGUACAGGAAAAUAAACGAGGACAUUGAUCUGAUGAUCAGCAGACAGAGACUGUGUGCCGUGCCCCAAUCCAACUACGACAUGCCCGUGUCCAUUCCUGUCAGCAACCAGAACAAUCUCAUCUACAGCCAUCCCGGCGGUUCCCUAGGCAACCACAACCUGUUGCCACUGGCGCACCACGGCCUACAGAGAAACAGCAUGUCUCCCGGAGUGACUCACAGACCCCCCAGUGCAGGUGGCCUCAUGGGUGCUGACCUCACCACUGGCGCAGGCACCAGUGCUGGAAAUGGAUAUGGGAACCACCGUAACUCUCCAGGACUGCUGGUCUCUCCAGGUGGCAUGAACAAGAACAUGCAGACUAAAUCCCCCCCACCCAUGAACUUAGGAAUGAACAACCGCAAACCUGACUUACGUGUGCUCAUCCCCCCUGGUGCCAAGAACAACAUGCCCUCCAUUAACCAGAGAAUAAACAACUCUCAGUCUGCUCAGUCAUUGGCCACCCCUGUGGUAUCAGUAGCAACUCCCACUCUGCCAGGACAAGGCAUGGGCGGAUACCCAUCAGCCAUCUCUACUUCAUAUGGUACAGAGUACUCCCUCAACAGUGCAGACCUGUCCUCCCUCACCGGCUUCAACAGCGGCAGCUCCCUUCACCUCGGCUCGAUGAGCGGGUGGCAACAGCAACACAUUCAGAACAUGCAGCAUUCAGCCCUCGGCCAGCUAGGAAAUUGCUCUAGCUCUCACUUAUGUCAGGGUUCAAAUCUGUCCCUGCCCUCUGCUCAAAGCCUGCACAUCAAGUCCGAACCUGUUUCUCCUCCUAGAGAUCGCAGCAGCAACACACCGGGGGGCUACGGUGGCGUACCGCCUCCCCAGAACCCCUCGUCCCGCCAGGACUCGGGACGCUCCCCGGUCGAUAGCCUGAGCAGUUGUAGCAGCUCCCACGAGGGCAGCGACCGCGACGAGCACAGGAACGAGUUCCACUCACCUCUGGGACUGGCCAGGCCCGCCAUGGACGAGCGCGAGAGCCCCUCCAUCAAACGGGUGCGCCUGUCAGAAGGAUGGGCCACAUGAUAACUCCAUCCUCUCCCCAGCAAGUGCCCCAAGUUGCCCUGAGCCCCCCCCCCCCCCGACAACAACACAGCGCUACAAUGCCCCCAAGUCAACUCCCUACUCUUCCUUCUUUCACUCGAUAACAUGAGUCACUCACCGCUGACCCCACCGCCUCUCCUUUAUCUCUUUAACGCUGAAGGAAAGAAAAGGGACAGCCCUUUUCAAAAAUAUGUUGAUUUCUUUUUUUUAAAUUUCUGUUUGCUGAGUGUGUGUGUGCUAUACAUAUUGACAUUAUAUAAACCAGUGGGGUGUUGUAAUGGGGGUUUGGGAGGGCGGGUGUCGGUUGGGACGGGAUCUGGGGGUAUUUUUGUCGGGGAACUAUGCAUCAAUUGUAUUAUGUGUGGCUAAAAAGAAUCACGUAUGCAUAUAUCUUUACACGUGGGUGUAUAUGUGUGCAUAUAUGCAUAUCAACAAAUAAACAAAAAAAUAGUCAGGUACUCCGUUUCAUAAAACGUACUUACACUUUGCCUCAGCGAUAUAUCAGUGACUAGAGACAAAAAAGACAAAAAAAAAAACAUUAACAUGAGAGUGAGAGUGUGUGUCCGAUGGGAAACACGUUAGCACUUGAGUUGGACAGACAAUACAUGUGUACAGUGUCAGUUUCAUUGCUAUAAACAUUCUCUGCAGUUCUCCCUUGCGAAAAUGUGUGUUAACAUUAGAUGAUGUCAUGUUGCAGGUUCAACGUAUUUAUGUAAAUAGAGGGUUGAGAGGGGGGGGGGAGGGGCAGGGGGUUCAAAAAGUUGCCAGACAUUACAAGAUUUAUUUACUCACUAAAUGAAAAAGCUAUUAUGCAACAUUUGAAGGAUUGUACAGGUAAACAGGCGGCCCCGAUGCUAGAUGUGUGGAACCUUUGAUGAAGUUAGCGCUCCCCUGAACGAACAGAGCCGAGCGAGGACCACCCUUUGAUCCGAGAGCUAUGUUAGCGUAAUCAAAACAACUCGGGAUCUAGUAUUAAUAUUCAGUGUUAAUAAACAAACAAAAAUGAAGAAAAAAAAACAAUUGUACGAUACACUUGCUUAUAUUUUCAUAUGAAAGGAAUACAAUGCAAAGCAUUUUUGUGGCUUUUUGUAGUUUCUAUAAGCCAGAAUGUGUUUUUGAUAGCUUUGCUAAUAAGAGAUGGAUAGUUCGCCCAGAGGGGAAUCGACAGGGCUUUGAAGUCCUAAGCCAUGAAAACAGACUGAGAUCCAAUGCUUUGCUGAACUGUUUUAUCUUUGUAGAGGUUUGUUUUUAAACGUGUAUUUCUAAUUAAAUAUAAUAAUGGUAAUAUUAAGAAUCUUUAAAAAAAAAAAUCUGUGAAAUUAACAUGCUUGUGUAUAGCUUUCUAAUAUAUAAAUAUAUAUACUAAUGAUUUCUGUUGGUUUCUUAGUGGAGUUUCUAUGUGCAGUUGCACAUGUUGUCUGGUUUGUUUCAUUUGAGCCCUGAACAGUGGCGUUCAGGGCUGUAUUUAGUCUAACCUUAAAAAAAACCAGCCGGGUAACAUCGCCAGGGUUUGUAGCAGAGGAAAGACGAUCCUGAAUGCUGACAACAAAAAAACAAGCUGUUAGUGGAAGACGUCCGGAGACUGGAACAGGGGACGACUCCGGAAUAAAUGUUGACACAUGAUGGACAAGUCUGUCAUACAGAUGAGGAAAUAUGACUGACCCUUAGUCCAGAUGCAUUUGUAUGCAUUGGAUAUUUCAUCCUGUAGCUUAAUCAUGAUUCAAUUACCUAAUGAGAAAGUCCUUGACAUUAUCAAUGAUCUGCUGCAUCUUCAAACCUGUGUUCAGCAUUUUCGCAAAACAGCACAAACCCAAGCUAGACAAUUUUCCCUUAAACUGCAUUCAUGUAAAAUUAUUUUGGUAUCAAUUGCAUUGUGGGUAAUUCUCCCUGAUCAUUUUUUUAAACCUAAUUUGGUCCUUGCGUCACCUCGUGUUCCAGUCUUCAGAACAGGACCCACGUCCUUCACCACAUGCUCAGCAUCAGACACACAGGGACAGAAUUGAUCAUGCUGGUAGGAAAGAAGCACAAUUUGUUUAUUUGAAAUAAAUAAAUAGCUUGUUUUGAUUAUCUAUUUUUUAAAAACAAUGAAACUAGCCACAUAUCUCUCUGCCUCCCACUCCCGUAUCUGCUGUCACUUAAGUGUUAUGAUAUUUCUAUGUGCAUAUUUCAUGCAGGUUCACUAUGUUGUUACUGUAAACAGUCUGUGUAGUCAAACAGGGGCAGAGCCUCUAUAAUGGUGUUCUUCUUCUCUCUUUUUUUUUAAAACUCAGUACAAAAACGGUUGAGAAAAAAAAUGAACAUGAUGUUUCAGGCAGCGAAAAGUGUGGAGAAACCAAAGCCAGUGGCAUUUCUGUGUUGUAAACUCAACUUUUAUUUUCACAUUCAUUUAUGGUUUUUGCAAGCAUUGAAACAAGACAAUAAAAGAAUUUGCUCAAAUGUACAAUUGGUUUCACAUUUCAAUUUCAGCCAAACCACAACAAUUCACUCCCCUCCCUUCCCUUGUGCAAUGCAUUACAAUCAUAAGAAAGACAGAAAUGAUAUAUCAACCUGUCCUGAUGAUUGACAAGAGUUCUGCAGUUCUGACGAUCAUUUCAACCAAAGACAUGCAGAGAACUUGUCUUUAUAUUUUUGUUUUGUUUUGUUUUUUGUGUAUGGGAAAAUUUCAAACCUUAUUUUCACCACCUGUUGAUCAGAUUUUCUUUAUUGUUCAUUAUUAUAAUAUAGAUUUCAUGUUGGUACCUCAGACUUGACACGCUCAGUACCUCAGCUGAUGUUUUGCAGUCAAAAGGGGGAGACCAUACAAGUGUACAGCCAUGUGUAAUAACCAUGUUCUACCAUUGCUUCAGGUCCCUACAUUCACAUGGGAUUCUUUGUUGUUCCACCGUGUUUGUGGUUUAUUUAAGUUGCAUUCAAAAGCUGAAAAAAAUAGUUUCUGAAAAAAAUUAAGUGUGAUAUGUUACAAAAAAAAGUCAGUCUGUAGUAUGAAAUGUAGCUUGUAUAAACCUGAAACUAAGGGAGGUUUGGAAAUCAUGUUUUGUGGAGCGCUAGAGCGGCUUUCAGCGGCAUAAGCUGGCCUUUGUCGCCACUUGAGACUUAGAUGGUUUUUAAAUUAAAUCCACAUCUCUGUAACUCAAGAGACUUGAUUCAGCUGUAUGUAGUGGAAACGUCAUGGGAUGAAGUCAAAGUAUCCUCUGCUGGAGGUGAAAAAGGCUAUUUGUAUUUUGCAGAGAUUUCAGUAAAGUUACUGGCUUUCUUAGUUAUUCUGA